UCUACUGCUAUGAAAAUAAUAAACAAUUAAUCAAGUGGGCGACAACGCUAUUUUUUAAUAAUAUUUUUCUAGAGGGUCGUGUUACUAAUCGAAUCUAGCAAUGCUUCCACACGUUUUUGUAUAAAUAUUAGUUAAAUUAAACCGCGAACACAUUAAUGUCAUUACCAUAAUAGAGAGCUUUAAACGUGGCAUUCCAUUGCAUGUCACAAUAUAUGAGAUUUGAUUCAAAUAUAGUGCAAAGACAACAAUUUUAAUUGAAAUUGUGUCUGAAACUGAAAAAAAAACACAUUAGAAAUGGCGGAAGAUACGUUCAUGCUUGUUUCUCUAGUAAUCGUUAUGCUUGUUGGCUCAUAUAUGGCGGGCAUGAUACCAUUGGUGAUGAGGCUAAGUGAGGAAAAACUAAAGUUUGUUACAGUUUUGGGCGCAGGCUUAUUGGUAGGUACGGCAUUAACCGUUAUCAUUCCGGAAGGAAUACGCUCAUUAUAUAUGGAUACCUUAAAACCCAAUUUGCCAGAAAUUGCUACGAUAUCAGGACGUAAAGUUGAAAAAUCUCUAUUUUCUGCAACAACAGAGACUUUUAAUGUUGACCACAUGAGAGGACCUGACUUCUCCCGCACUAUUGGUGUAUCGCUUGUAUUGGGGUUUGUAUUUAUGCUGCUUGUGGACCACAUUUCGCAACAUAAAAGCGUAAACAGUUCAAAAGACAAAAACAUAACAGCAACAUUAGGCUUGGUUGUUCAUGCCGCUGCUGAUGGAGUAGCUCUUGGAGCUGCAGCAACGACCACUCACCAAGACGUUGAAAUUAUUGUAUUUUUAGCAAUCAUGUUGCAUAAAGCUCCAGCUGCCUUUGGGCUCGUUAGUUUUCUUUUACAUGAAAAAAUUGAACAUCAAGAAAUACGCAAGCACUUGUUAAUUUUUUCUUGUUCGGCUCCACUAUUAACUCUUUUGACUUUUUUUGGAAUAGGACAGGAACAAAAGGAGACCCUCAAUUCCUUAAAUGCGACUGGAAUAGCUAUGCUUUUCUCAGCAGGAACAUUUCUUUAUGUAGCAACAGUGCAUGUUCUACCAGAACUAACUCAUGUCUCUCAUUCGCAUUCACAUGGCCAUUAUGAUUAUCGUCAACUGAACAGUACAGUAAGUGGGAUUGAAUCUCAAGGUGAUAUACAUUCUACCAAUGUACGGUUUUCGAAAGGUCUUCUUUUAAGUGAAAUGAUAAUAUUAAUAUGUGGUGCAUUACUUCCUCUUAUAAUAACUUUUGGUCAUCAUCACUAAAUUAAGCUUUGUUCUUCUCUUAAUGAAAAUUUGGAUUUAACGAGUGCAGUCGAUGGUUACAUUAUAUUAACUAAACAUAUCUGUAUCUAAUGAAAAAAAACCUAACAUGAUUGAGAAUAAUUGGCUUGGCUAAUAAACACAGCGUUAACGUACACAUAUAUAUUUUCUUUGUAUAUACGCCAGCCGAAAUACAUACAGCUGCGAAAACAGCUGUGCCUGUGGCAGUUUUGCAUAUAAAAUAAAAAUAAAAAAAAUUAAAAAAAGGGAAAAAA